AUGCAGAGAAAUCAGCUCCACACCUCCAGGAUGUCAGCUAAAGCCAUAGAGAGCGGGGAAGGCGGUGCUUUGGACGCCCUCCUGCCGGAAUUGCUGUCGGAAGAGGAAGAAGAACCUUCCCAGUCAACCAACCAGGCUUCUGACGGUUCUUCUCCUGGGAAGACACCACAGGGGCCACAUCAGGGGCCUCAUCAGGGACCAGAUGGCUCUGGCUCUGACCCCAGAGAUCCACCCAAGUCGAAAGGCAGCAAUUUCUACCAUUAUGCAGGCAAGACUGCCGCAGCCGUGGUCGGAGGAGCCCUGGCCGUGGGGUCUGUUCCCGUGGUGCUGGGCGCCAUGGGCGUCACCGGGGCUGGAAUCGCUGCCUCCUCCAUCGUGGCCACGAUGAUGUCAGCGGCCGCCAUGGCCAAUGGAGGCAGAGGUGCCGCCUGA